UCAGUGGAAGUUUCGGAGCCGGACAGAGAGCUGAAUGACUUUUCUGUUCAUUAGAGACCCCGAGAAAGACAGAGAGAGAGAGAGAGAGAGAGAGAGAGAGAGAGAGACGGAGCGCGAGCCGAUGCGCGCAUCUAAUGCUUUUGGUUUUGUUUUCCGGGACGCAACAUUUAUGAGCAGAAACUCUGCUCUGUAGUGCGGAGAGCAGCAUCAGCACCGGCACUUCAGCGUGUGUGUGUGUGUGUGUGUGUGUGUGUGUGUGUGUGUGAGAGAGAGAGAGAGAGCGAAGGGCUCUAGGAGAGUGCUGGAGGAUGGAGAGGAAGAUGAGGAUGGUGCGCUCGGGAUGCAUCCGGCUGCUCUGGAUCUUCAGCAUCAGCACCAGUGCGCACGCUGCUUCUCCAUCCACCCAGAAAUGUGAUGAAGCACUGGCCACUCCUCUAUCCCAUAGUGCCUUCAGCAGCUCAUCUGUGUUCACCACCGGCUACACACCUGAAUAUGCCAAACUGAACAGGAGAGGAGGUGCUGGAGGCUGGUCUCCUCUGGACACCGAUCAUUACCCGUGGCUGCAGGUGGACCUGGGCAGCAGGAAGCAGGUGACCGCUGUCGCAACUCAGGGUCGAUACAGCAGCUCAGAUUGGACCACACGCUAUCGGCUGCUCUACAGCGACACGGGCAGGAACUGGAAGCCCUACCAUCAGGAUGGAAACAUCUGGGCAUUUACAGGAAACUCCAACACGGAGAGCGUGGUGCGUUACGACCUUCAGCGCGUUAUCAUGGCCAGAUUUGUGCGAUUUGUCCCAUUGGACUGGAGCGAAGAAGGUCGGAUAGGCCUGAGGAUAGAGAUCUAUGGCUGCUUGUACUGGGCCGACGUGAUUAACUUUGACGGCCAGGGCGUGAUCUCUUACCGCUUCAAGAUGAAGAAGAUGAAGAUUCUGAAAGACGUGAUCGCGCUGAAGUUUAAGACGGGUGAGAGUGAUGGGGUGAUCCUGCAUGGCGAGGGGCAGCAGGGUGAUUACAUCACACUGGAGCUGAAGAGAGGAAGACUGCUGCUCCAGAUAAACCUGGGCAGCAACCAGUACGGCUCCAUCCUGGGUCACACGUCGGUGAGCAGCGGCAGCCUGCUGGAUGAUCAUCACUGGCACUCGGUGGUGAUCGAGCGCCACAGGAGAAACAUCAACUUCACCCUUGACCAGAACACACAGCACUUUCGUACCAACGGAGAGUUCGACCACCUCGACCUUGACUAUGAGUUGAGUUUUGGAGGAAUGCCGUACUCGGGCAAACUCAUCUCAGGAGGCAGGAGAAAUUUCAAAGGCUGCAUAGAGAGCAUCAACUAUAAUGGCGAAAACAUCACCGACCUGGCUAGAAGAAAGAAAGUGGACACAUCCAGCUUUCGCAAUUUGACAUUCUCUUGCGUGGAAUCUCACACCUUCCCUGUGUCCUUCAACACAACGAGUUUCCUGCAGCUGCCAGGUAGAAGAGAGAACAACAUGCUGUCGGUGAGCUUCCAGUUUCGCACGUGGAGCUCUAACGGCCUGCUCGUGUUCAGCGCACUGGCUGACGGCAUGCUGGAGCUCACGCUGAGAAACGGAAAAGUCACCGUACACCUCGGCAUCACGCAGCAGAAGAACUCGAGUGUGGACAUGACGUCAGGUUCGGAGCUGAAUGAUGGAGAGUGGCAUGAGGUUCGUUUCAUGGCCAAGGAAAACUUUGCUAUGCUGACUAUGGAUGGGGAUGAAGCUUCAGCUGUCAGGACCAACACACCUUUUCAGAUCACAACCGGAGGAACGUACCACUUCGGAGGUUAUUUCCUGCAGACCCAGGCGUCUCCGUCGCAGCGUUCGUUCCAAGGUUGCAUGCAGCUCAUCCAGGUGGACGAUCAGCUAGCUGACCUGGUGGCUGUGGAGCAGGGCAUGCUGGGAGCUUUUGAAAAUGUCAGCUUGGACACGUGCGCCAUCAUCGACAGGUGUUUGCCUAAUCACUGUGAGCAUGGAGGAAGGUGCGCUCAGAACUGGGACAGGUUUAGCUGCUCUUGCAACGGCACUGGAUACACCGGCGCCACCUGUCAUACAUCCAUCUAUGAGCAGUCAUGUGAGGCUUAUAAGCACAUGGGGAAAUCUUCGGAUGUCUACUGGAUCGAUCCUGAUGGCAGUGGCCCUUUAGGACCGUUCAGAGUCAUUUGCAAGAUGACAGAGGACAAAGUGUGGACAACGGUGGUGAACAACCUGCCGGCUCAGACAGCCAUAUCGGGUUCAACCAGGGACAGGCGCACAUUGCUGCACCUGAACUACAGUGCCACCUCGGAUCAGAUUGGUGCUAUUACAGAUGUCGCAGAGCAUUGUGAACAGCAUAUCACCUACACCUGCCGGUCAUCACGCCUACUCAACACUCCAGAUGGGACUCCGUACACAUGGUGGGUUGGCAGAGGAAAUGAGAAGCACUUCUACUGGGGUGGCUCUGCGCCAGGGGUCCAGAAAUGUUCCUGUGGCAUCGAGCACAACUGCGUCGAUCCCAAACACCAGUGCAACUGCGACGCCGAUCAGAAACAAUGGAGAGAGGAUUCUGGGCUUCUGGUCUAUAAAGAUCACUUACCCGUGAGCGAGGUAGCAGUAGGCGACACAAAUCGACCCGGAUCAGAGGCCAAGCUCACUGUGGGACCGCUGCACUGUCAUGGAGACCGAAGUUAUUGGAACGCCGCUUCCUUCAACACCCCAUCCUCCUACCUGCACUUCUCCACUUUCCAUGCUGAAACCAGUGCCGAUAUUUCCUUUUACUUCAAGACCUCUGCACCUCACGGGGUUUUCCUGGAAAACCUGGGCAACACCGAUUUCAUCCGGCUGGAGCUGAAAUCGCCCAAUGUCAUUACCUUCUCGUUCGACGUGGGGAACGGACCGGUGGAGCUGAACGUUCAGUCGGCGACGCCGCUUAACGACGACCAGUGGCAUCGAGUCAGCGCCGAGAGGAACGUCAAAGAGGCCGUGCUUCAGCUGGAUCAGCAAUACAGGCAGGUCCGAGCUGCACCUGCACAGGGACACACACGCCUGGAGCUGUACAGCCAGCUGUAUGUGGGUGCCGCAGGAGGUCAGAGAGGCUUCUUGGGAUGUAUCCGCUCUUUAAAGAUGAACGGUGUGACCUUAGACCUCGAAGAAAGGGCAAAUGUCACACCUGGAGUCAAACCCGGUUGUUCGGGUCACUGCACCAGUUUUGGGAUGUAUUGCCGCAACGGAGGAAAGUGUGUGGAGAAAUACAACGGCUACUCGUGCGAUUGCAGCAACACGGCUUAUGAGGGACCUUUCUGCACUAAAGACGUAGGAGCUUUCUUCGAGGCAGGAACGCUGGUCCGUUAUAACCUGGUCCCGGAAGUGAGCUUUCCGGUUGCUGGCAUGGACGGAAAGGAGUUGAGCCAGUCAUUGUCAACUGAUAUGAACCUGACUAAAGAGACCAUGACCUUCAGCUUCAGCACAUCUAGCACUCCCAGCAUUCUCCUGUACAUCAGCUCAAGGAGCCAUGACUACAUGGCAGUAGUGAUGCGACGGAACGGUUCUCUCCAGCUGCGAUAUAACCUCGGGGGUCUACCCGAACCCUUCGCUGUCGAUCUGGACCAGCGCAAUUUGGCCAAUGGACAGCCCCACAGUGUCAACGUCACAAGACUAGAACGAGAAAUCCAAGUCCAGCUGGAUCACUACCCAUUGGUCAGCUACAAACUGCCUGAUUCCUCAGACACCCAGUUCAACUUGGUCAAAACUCUCUUCCUAGGAAAAGUCUUUGAAUCUGGUCCCAUUGACCCAGUGCUGAUAGAGAAGUAUAACACUCCCGGCUUUGUAGGCUGUCUGUCCCAAGUGCAGUUUAACAGCAUCGCUCCGUUGAAGGCGGCUCUUCGUUUACGGAACACUGUCUCAGUGUCACACCAGGGCAAGCUGGUCGAGUCCAACUGCGGUGCGUCUCCCCUUACGGUCUCACCGAUGUCCACUAACACUGACCCCUGGCACCUGAAUGCAGGUGCUGAUUUCCCAUUUAAUGAAGAGAGAGUGGUACCAGAUGGAGUUAACAGGAAUUCAGCAGUAAUUGGUGGCAUUAUUGCUGUGGUGAUCUUCACCAUCUUGUGCACUCUGGUGUUCCUGAUUCGCUACAUGUUCCGCCACAAGGGAACCUACCACACCAACGAGUCCAAGGGAGAAGAACGAUUCGAGUCAGCGGACACAGCCAUCAUCAGCGCAGAGCCCAUUUUUACAGAGACUAUUGAAGAAAACAAGAAGGAGUGGUUCAUAUGAGACGUCUCAAAUGAGACUGUUUGAGACUUCUCACUGAAGAUCGGGAACAAGCGAAACCCCUUUCCUUUGCAACUCUUGAUUUCUUGUCAGUACUUUCUUAAAUUCUUGCUCCCUUUUCCCUUUCCUGGAGUGUUUCUUUUGUUCCUCUUUCUCUAUCUAUUUCUGUCUGUCAGUGAAAUAUCAAGGCAGCUUCAGCAAGUGCUUUGAGAGUUUGAGGGUUAUUCAUUUCUGGCCGCUCCUGAAACUGCGUGGUCAUAAAGGUGCUGACGGAUAUGAACAGAAAUGAGGAUUACAGGCACUUGGUGGACUUAGGCCUGGCGUUCUGCCCCUCCUGUGUGCAAAAGGAGAAUAUAAAGACCAAGUCAUGGAGUUAUGAGAAUUGACACUGUCAAACGAAUCUCCUUUGUGCAGGAAGUGCAGUUUUAAAAAGUUUCCCAAGCUCUUUCUGGAUGACAACAAGAGGCCAUGACAGAAGUCCAAUCCAAGACCUCAAACUUAAACCUGGUGCCUGAGUCCUUUUUAGAUCUGAAUCCUUUGAGGUCACACUAAUCUAUGGGACAAUCGAGAAACACUCAGAGUUUUAAAGAAAUCAUGAUAUUGAUCUAUACUGGCCAGAUGAUGAACUUCACAUCAUCACAGUGUAUAUCCCUGACUAGUCUAAGUGUUUUUUUUUUUUUCUCAGCACUCAUCCCAGAGUGCUUUUUCAUAAACGAAAAAAAAUGCUGUGCAUUUGUUAAACACGUUAUAUUUACAAUAUGGUCCUUUUUCUUGUGUUCUUUUGUAAUAAGCAUGUAAAAUGCUAUAAUGGUACAGGUAUGCAAUGGUAUGAUGAUGAUGUACUCUAUGUCUAUAAUUAUUGUAUUGGUCCAGACUGUACAUUGUAGACAAAUCUCGCUGUUCAUUUAAAUAAACUUACUUCAAAUGGA